UCUCAAAAACACAUUUCCGCCAAAACCAAAAGCAUGCAUGCGCCAUGUUCCUCACAACUCUCCCAUCCACCAAAACCCCAAUCACCCCCAAAACCCUAACCAUCCCUCUCACCUUCUUCUUCACACACUCCACCUCACCCUCUCACCACGAACAACCCCAAAACCAGCUCGACCAAAUAAUAAGCAUAGACAACACACCACACUGGACCAAAACCAUCCACGACCUCUGCACCCGCCACCGCAAUGUCGACCAAGCCCUCCACCUCCUCGACCACCUCCGCCUCCGUGGCUACCGCCCCAACCCGCUCAACCUCUGCAGCAUCAUCCACGCCCUCUGCGACUCCAACCGCUUCGAAGAAGCCCACCACCGCUUCGCCCACUCCAUCGACUCAGACUGCGUCCCUGACCAGCGCACCUGCAACGUCAUCAUCGCUCGGCUACUCGAUUUGGAAACCCCGCACAGCACCUUGGGUGUUCUCCGCGUCUUGGGUCUACUGAAGCCUGAUUUUGUUGCCUCUUUGGUUAAUUACAACCGUCUGAUGGAUCAGCUCUGCUCGCUCCGGCGGCCCAGUGAGGCUCACAGAGUGUUGUUUGACAUGCUUAUUAGAGGGCAUUGCCCCAACGCGGUUUCUUACACUACAUUGAUUAACGGGUACUGCGGCGUUGGCGAGUUGGGUAAUGCACACAAGGUGUUUGAUGAAAUGUGUGAGAGGGGUGUAGCGCCUAAUUCGAUGACUUAUAGUGUGUUGAUUCGUGGCGUUCUUCGGAAGCGGGAUAUUGGGGGUGCUAUGGAAUUGAUGGGAAGAUUGUGGGACACAAUGAAGGGUGAAGAUGACACACUUGUGAAAAAUGCGGCUUUCUCGAAUUUGAUUGAUUCUAUGUGUAGAGAAGGGUAUUUUCAAGAGGUUUUCGGUAUUGCAGAAUACAGGCCACAGGGGGAGAGUGUGAAUGAGGAGUUUGCUUAUGGACAGAUGAUAGAUUCGCUUUGUAAAGCCGGAAGGCAUCAUGGGGCGUCGAGAAUUGUGUACAUCAUGAGGCAUAGAGGGUUUGUUCCACGCAUAACGUCGUAUAAUUGUAUUAUUCAUGGACUGAGCAAGGAGGGGGAGGGAGGUUGUAUGAGAGCCUAUCAGUUGUUGGAGGAAGGGAUUGAGUUUGGUUACUUGCCGUCUGAGUACACUUACAAGGUUCUAGUGGAAGGUCUUUGCCAAGAAUCCGACGUUGACAAGGCGCGGCAGGUUCUUCAAUAUAUGUUAAAGAAGGAAAGAGUGGACAAAACCAGGAUGUAUAAUAUAUAUUUGAGGGCUCUAUGUCUUGUUAAUAACACGACUGAGCUUUUGAAUGUGCUUGUUUCGAUGCUCCAGACCGAGUGUCAGCCUGAUGUGAUCACCCUAAACAUAGUUGUCAACGGGUUCUGCAAGAUGGGGAGAGUGGAAGAAGCUUUAAAGGUACUGGAUGAUAUGAUGACUGGAAAAUUUUGUGCGCCGAAUGUAGUGACCUUCACAACUAUCAUUAAUGGUUUGUUAAAUGUUGGUAAAACGCAAGAAGCUCUUGGUAUGUUGCAUGAUGUAAUGCCUCAGAAAGGUUUUCCCCCUAAUGUUGUGACAUAUAAUGCUGUUCUUCGUGGUUUGUUUAAACUUAAUCAAGGAAGGGAAGCAAUGGAGAUUUUCAAUGGCAUGGUAACUGAGGGUGUGGCUGCUGAUAGUACCACUUACACAAUUAUAAUUGAUGGGUUAUGUGAGUCUGAUCAGCUAGAAGAGGCUAAGAGGUUCUGGGAUGAGGUUAUUUGGCCCUCACAGAUCCAUGACAAUUUUGUAUAUGCAGCCAUCAUCAAAGGGAUUUGCCAUUCAGGAAAUUUUGAUGAGGCAUGUCAUUUCCUUUACGAACUUGUAGACUCUGGGGUCUCUCCGAAUAUAUUCAGUUACAACAUUGUGAUCGACACUGCUUACAAACUAGGUCUGAAGAAAGAGGCAUAUGAAGUUGUAAGAGAGAUGAGAAGAAAUGGGCUGGCUCCAGAUUCUGUAACUUGGAGGAUUCUUGACAAGUUACACGGCAACUCAAGAAAACAAUAUGGGGAUGAUGAGGCUUCAACUUUGCAAUUCGGAAGUGGCCGCAUGGAUAGGUGAACAGGAAAAAUAUGUGAUAGUGGAGCACACCUUAAAGAAGGACCAUCACAAAGAGGAGAUAAUGGUAUCCUGGUGGCAUCAUGUGAAGUGAAAAGGUCAUAAGAAACUGCAAAGGAACUAGCUUUCCUCAACAACACAGUUGAAGCCUUUAAUGGAGGGUCCGUUUCCCACUGCCCAAAGGAGAAGGUACUUGCUGCGUUAAGUUUUUAACAGAUCAUUGAUUCAUCUAAAGAAUGAAAUAGAACUCACGGUACAAUGAACUCAGAAGAUUUUAUUUCGACGAAGGGAAGUUACCGACAUGAACUGUUGGCUGAUGUAUACUGAUCAACACCGAACGUUAAGAGAUUUGACUGGUAUGAGUUGCAUGCAUGUCUCUCAACAGCCCCAUCUGGAUUCAUUCCUAAUUCCAAAUUUAGUCUGCAGUGCCAUUUUUGUUGGAUUCUUGCAAUUUGUAGAUGAGGUUUCGAAUUUUCUCCAUUGUAAAUAUAUAUUGGAGAACCUAAGCCCUGGUUCGAAACAUCGUCAGACUGUUUGUAACUUUCUAUACUGAUUCGACAUCCUGAUUAGUUUUUUUGAAACCAA